AUGGAGAGCCCUCGAGCCCAAGAAGUCAAGUUUACAGCUCCUGAGCAAGCCUGGGUCGAGAAGGAGCGGGACAAACGAGUAGCCAGACGAAAACCACAGCUUUAUCUGCCACAGAGACGCACCCAGGUGAAAUCGGGAUCCUCCAGGGACG